AUGGCCGAUCCCUCAGUACAAGCGCCGCGUCCCCAGGCUCCGUCGCCGACGACCGUCCCGCCACUGCGCUUGCGGAGCAGGGGCGCGCCAGGCAGGAGGGGGAGACUGAGGCCGUUCACAUCCUCGGGAAAUGAAGGCCGGUCGCGCAAAUCAGAAGAAGGCCGGUCAGGCAGUCACGCGCCAUCGUUGCGCAGCGUGCCCAGCAUCGUGUUGAACGACGGGAGCUCACGCCCGCCCUCGCGACCAGGGUCACGGCCGGGGUCUCGUUGGUCGGAGCGCAAAUGGGGCGGGUUGCGAAAGAGGUCAGCCGAAUUGGAACGCAAGAUGAGCUCCGAAGAGACUCCUCCCGUGCCUCGGAUCGAGCCGUCCUUCAAUGGCAUCAGCUUGGACAUCCCUACCGGCUCCCUCGGCGGACUUGGUCAGACCAUGAAGUUCUCCCAUCGCGGCAGUCUCAUUCGCGACCAAACGACUCGCCCACGGCCCGGCAAGCGUUUAGAAAAGCACGCCGAAUCACCCCCAAAACAGAUAUCCGAGCCACAGUCGGAGGCACACUCGAUUCAGCAAGAUAUCGACAUAUCACCAGCGCCGAACCCGUCGACGGGUACCGAUGACACCGAAAAUGAUCUGCCCAAACCUACUCCGCGGCCUCAGAGGCCACAAGGCACCCUCCGACCCCGACAGACGAGUCUCCAAAGCAGGGCCAUUUCUGCCGACGAAGAUAUGCUUUCCCGCCGAGUACGAUUGAUGUACGACCGAGGGGACGACAAAGUCACGGAUUCGGACGUCGCAAAAUCAAUUGCUCUCGAUAACGGGGUGCUUUGGGAGGAGGGCGCAACCUCGGAUGCUGAAACCGCGUCUACACUAGGGCCACAGGCGAAUGGAACUAAUACCGACUCCAAAGGCCGAGCUUCAGAGGAAGUGGAGCGCAUUCGAAUGAAGCGAGAGACCCAAGAGCUGGCAGGCGGGAUCGAAUACUGGCAAAAUGUUGGCGCUGAAGACGUGGAUCGUUACGGCUUCAUCCAUGCCCCUGCUAAAAAUGGCUCUGGUGACACCGAACCUCAUCCUAUUCAACGAGUUACCACCAGUCUACUGCUGGCCUCCGAGACCCCACGCCGCAAGCGGUCAAUUCGGCCGUCGAGCAACCGCUCAUUUAAUGGUCGCUCUCCUACUCGUAACUUAUCUCAAAGUUCCGCGGCCGGUCGUCCCUCCUCGUCGGCAAGUACAAGCAGUGCACCCAUUCGACGCUCGACCUCUCGGCUGCGCUCCGCGACCAACCGCCUUCCCCAUAACAGAGACCGAAAGUUCACGGACGAAGCAGCGGACAUGCUGACUCUCCCCGACGGCAUCGCUGGCAAUGGCCAAGAUGCGGCCACGGCGCGUUCAAUGCGUCGAAAGGAGUGGGAACGUGAAGACAAAUGGACCAAGAUGGCGAAACCGACAAAGAAGAGCCGAGAUGGCGGCGGCAUGACUUUUGAAUUUGAUACGCAGAGCAACAAGCUGAUCGAGCGAACCUGGAAAGGCAUUCCGGAUCGUUGGCGUGGAACCGCUUGGUAUUCGUUUCUUGAGACGAGUGCCAAGCGACAUCCAGAUAGCCCCUCCGAAGAAGAGCUUAUCGAGGCCUUCCACGAAUAUCAGUAUGUCUCAUCGCCGGAUGAUGUACAGAUUGAUAUCGACGUACCACGCACCAUCACUAGCCACAUCAUGUUCCGUCGGAGGUAUCGCGGUGGACAGAGGCUCUUGUUCCGAGUGCUCCAUGCUAUGUCAUUGUACUUCCCCGACACCGGCUACGUUCAAGGCAUGGCAGCUCUCGCAGCCACCCUGCUGGCAUACUAUGAUGAAGAACAUGCCUUUGUCAUGCUCGCGCGACUUUGGCAGCUUCGUGGCCUGGAGCAGCUCUAUAAAUCCGGCUUUGCUGGACUUAUGGAGGCUUUGGAUGAUUUUGAACGAGAAUGGCUGGCCGGUGGCGAGGUGGCUUCGAAGCUCACAGAGGUCGGAAUUCCGCCUACGGCCUAUGGUACCCGGUGGUAUCUAACUCUCUUCAACUACUCUAUCCCUUUCCCCGCCCAGCUUCGCGUGUGGGAUGUCUUCAUGCUCCUUGGGGACGCUGAAGACCUUUCUGGUCGGCCUGCCACCUCUUCUGGAAAAGCCCCAAAGAAAGACCCUGGCACAUUCGGGCAAGGUCUCGAUGUGCUGCAUGCCACAUCCGCUGCUCUUAUCGACGGUAUGCGCGAUAUUAUUCUGGAAUCUGAUUUUGAGAACAUCAUGAAAGUUCUCACCAGUUGGGUUCCCAUAAAGGACAUUGAACUAUUCAUGCGAGUUGCUAAAGCUGAAUGGAAGGUUCACCGUCGCAAAAAGGCCCCCUCCCACUAA